AUGGGGAUCUGUUCUUCGUGCCUUGGGUCUGGUCGUCGAGACAACACCGAUCCUGAAUCCUCUCGCUUACUCGACGAUGACAUUUACCAGCCUGGAUAUGGCUAUGGGGCGCUCAACAACAACCAGCAGGGCAACCAACCCGACCCUGGCUACGUAAGGCGGGAGCGCGAGGCCCUUGAGGCGAUCUGCCAACGAACGUCAGACUCCGUCAUCGAUAUUUGGUCACUCCAACCACAACCCCAUCUCCAACCGCAAGCAACACUCCACAACUCCGUUUCCUCCUCGUCCUCAAAAGCCCGCGAACCCUCAGUCAUAGUAACAACGGUCGAAUCCGACGCACCGGCCGAAUCGGCAUCGACGAAACAGGGCGCUGUUCCGAAACACUGGGGCGAGGUGGUGAUCAACCCGCGGAAAGGCAGACGGUCAAGACCAGGAUCGAGCGGCGACGAGGACGACCCUGCCAAAGAUGUCUUUGGCGUCUUGAAAGUUACCUGA